GCAGCCGGUGUGUUUGCUCUCGUCACGUUCAAUAUAAAGGCAGUAGUUGAGAAGCGGAGAGAAGAACCUAGAACCAGAGCUCAAGGUAGUGAGUGUACUGUGUACGUGGCAACAACACUCAUCGGACGACCAUGCCGUUCAGGAAUAUUGCCGUCGGAAGGACGGAGGAGGUGACCCACCCGGACAACCUGAAGGCGGCGUUGGCGGAGUUCAUAUCGACGCUCAUAUUCGUGUUUGCCGGGCAGGGCUCCGGCAUGGCCUUCAACAAGCUCACCGACGACGGCUCCACCACCCCGGCCGGGCUAGUGGCGGCUGCCCUGGCCCACGCUUUCGGCCUUUUCGUCGCCGUCUCCGUCAGCGCCAACAUCUCCGGCGGCCAGGUCAACCCAGCUGUCACCUUCGGCGCCUUCGUCGGCGGUAACAUCACCCUCCUCCGUGGCAUCCUCUACUGGAUCGCCCAGCUCCUUGGAUCCACCGUCGCUUGCUUGCUUCUCAAGUUCGCCACCAACGGCAUGACCACCAGUGCUUUCUCUCUGUCCUCGGGAGUGGGCGUCUGGAACGCCUUCGUUUUGGAGAUCGUGAUGACUUUCGGUUUAGUUUACACAGUCUACGCGACGGCCAUAGAUCCAAAGAAGAGUAAUGUGGGAAUUAUAGCCCCCAUCGCCAUCGGUUUCAUCGUCGGCGCUAACAUUUUGGCCGGUGGCGCAUUCGACGGUGCUUCAAUGAACCCUGCAGUGUCGUUUGGCCCCGCCCUGGUGAGCUGGAACUGGAAGAACCACUGGGUCUACUGGGCCGGACCUCUGAUCGGCGGCGGGAUCGCCGGUGCUGUGUACGAGUUCGUCUUCAUCAGCCGCACUCACGAGCAGCUGCCCUCCACAGACUACUGAGCUAGUCAAUUAUUGGGAUUGCGUUUAAAUGAACAGUGGCACGGCUUUUCUCUGGUGUAUUUACUUGUUUCGAGGGUUGUUAUUGUGUUUAAUUUAAUUGGUCACCGUUGAUCUUUUCACCAUCUUGAUCAUCUCGCCACUGUUGUUUCUCACUGAAAAGUUGUCAUUGUAAUUCUCAACUCGGGUUGUGGUUGUGUCA